AUGGACCUAUCCACAAAUCCAUUCAAUUUAAUAAAUAAACUGAUUCGUUUAUAUUGUAUCGAGGACAGGAUUUUCAACGGGUUCUUGUACACUGUAGACCCAAAGACAGGAAACUACGUGUUAUUUUCACAAAUAAAUGGAAAAUACCAACCAACGAUUGUCCGCUAUGAAGCAGUCGAGAGGUUAGAAACGCUUGAUGGUGAAAUGCCUCCAGAGCUACAAAACAUUUUUGAUUCUUUCACAUCAGUUGAUGAAUUCUCAUUGAAUAUUGAUGAAGAAAUUCGAACGAAAUCUCCAGUAGUGAAUACAUUAACGUCAGAUGAAUUAAAUUGUCGACGUGAAAAAAUCAUUAAAUUGUUUUCUUCAAAUCAUCUAAAUGAAGUAGUUUUAAAUGAUCGAAAUGAAUUAGUUAUUCAUAAUGUGGUAUUUAUUAAACCACCAUACAAUGUUGAUUGUUGUUCUGGUAAAAAUAUGAUUAUAUUGGAUCGUGUAAAAAACUUAAUCAGUAAAUUAGAAGAGGAUGAAAAUAAUGAAGUUGGAUGA